AUGUGGGCAUUGAAAGCUCUGAAUUUGGACUGGACAAAAACCUCAAAAAAGAGUGUAGAGCAGUUAAACGAGUUAGACGAAUUCAGGCUUAAAGCUUACGAAAGUUCAGCUCUCUACAAGGAAAAGAUGAAGAAGUGGCAUGAUGCUAAAAUACUUAAGAGAGAGUUCAAGGUGGGAAAUUGGGUGUUACUAUACAACUCCCGACUUAGACUUUUUCCCGAAAAGCUCAAGUCUAAAUGGUCAGGAUCCUUUAGAGUGACACGAGUAUUCACAAAUGGUGCCAUAGAAGUUGAGGGUCAAGAAGGAACUGCAUUUAAGCUGGAUCAUGAGCGAGACAAAAAUGCUAUUGGCGAGUCAUCGAACCCGUUCGGCGAGCACAAUUUAGUCCGCCUUAUGGACCCAAAAAAUGAGGCUGACACUCUGGAAUAUUCGGUGGGAUACCUUCACCAUUCGGCGGGUCACCGAUGUGCUUAG